AUGGCAGACAGUGCAUGUGAUGUUGGAGUACGUGAGGUAGAAGAUGUUUAUGCAUGUCAUUUGGUUAAAGGUGAGAUAGAAAAUUUAUUUGUGGGGCUGAAGGCUUGUGAAAACAGCAAAGCACCUGGAAUCAAAGCAGCUGUGGAAACUGCUAUGACAGAGAUGUGUAGGGAUUGGAAAGAGAAGACAGUGGCCCUGGGAGCAGAUGGAGCAAAUGUUAUUCUUGGAGAAAUAAGUGGUGUUUAUGGCUUGCUUAAACAAGAAAUUCCUCACAUUAUUAAGGUACACUGCGUUGCACAUAGGUUGGAACUUUCAUUUGCAGACACCUUGUCAGAUGUUCCAGUUCUUAAAGAUGUCAAAGAAAUGCUUCAAGGUAUUUGGAAGCACUAUCAUUAUUCUGCAAAGGCAGUCCGUGAGCUUAAAGAACUAGCUUAGAGUAUGGAAGUGCGAGCAUAUAAGGCAAUCAAAGCAGACGGUACAAGGUGGGUACCACAUUUGCAAAGAGCACUGAAUAUUCUCUUAUCAAAGAACUUUCAAGUUGUAGUUUUGCACUUCCAACAUACCUCACAAGCAAGGGAUGCCAGUAACCAGAUGCAAGGAAGGGCUGUGAAUUACAGCAAAAAAUUCACAAGCUACAAAUUUGUUGCCAUCAUGCAUCUGUUACUUGACAUCGUAGAUGCACUUUCCAAAGUGAGUCUUAGCUUCCAGGAGGAUGGAAUAACAAUCUAA